AUGCAGAAAAUCAUCUACGACUUCUACUCUGAUCUCUUCGACAGCCAUGUCCACUUGCCUCCUCACCAUCUGAGGGAAGACGGACAAGUCAUUCUAGAGGUGCUCCCGUCCAAAAUACGACAUGCUAUCAUGUCGGUAAGAAAUCGUGUCACCCGGUCCCGACAGAAUAAGACCAGAACACCUGAAGAGCCUUCCGCCAGUACUCAUCAACACCCUGGCGAGGCUCUUUACACGUUAUCUGUCGGAAUGAUUGAGAUAGUAUUGGAUGAAGGAGAGCCAUGCGAGCAAGCAGAGUUUCGAAAAGGAUUCAGCACGAUUGACCACAUUCACACUGUUUCGAAACUCAUCGAGGUAUCACGAAAGUACAAGAUGCUGCUCUGUCUCACCUUCAUCGACUUAAAGAAGGCCUUCGACUCAGUUGAGACGGAAGCGGUCGUGAAGCCUUAG